UGGAGUUGCCAUGGCUGUUCAUGCCGUCUUUUAUCCUUUUGCUGAAUGGAAUUGAGUUGUGUCUUUCAGAUAACGCCAAACGCUGGCAGUCAUUCAUCAGGAAGAUCACAGAAGUCACAAAUAAUUACCAGCCAUGCAAUCAGGAGAACUGCAGCUGUCAUCUCAGUGUCUUAAAAGAUGACUUUAGGCCAUUUAAAAACGGUAUAUCUGAGGGGUUGAUGGCAGACACGGUCCACAGAGGUGUUGGUACGCACUACCAGAUCAUCGGGAACAAGUUGUACAGAGAACAAAGCUGCAUGUUUCCAGCAAGAUGCAGUGGUGUCGAGCACUUCAUCCUAAAAGCGAUUAACCGGUUGCCAGAUUUGGAAGUGGUGAUUAGUGUGCGUGACUAUCCACAGGUUCCUGGAUGGGUUCAGCCAGUCUUGCCUGUACUUUCUUUCAGUAAGACAGCAGACUACCAGGACAUCAUGUACCCUGCAUGGACGUUUUGGGAGGGAGGUCCUGCUGUAUGGCCCAUUUACCCCACUGGACUGGGCCGAUGGGACCUCAUGAGGGAUGACCUGAAAAAAUCAGCUGCUCGAUGGCCCUGGAAGAAAAAAAAUCCAAAAGGAUUCUUUAGAGGCUCUAGGACCAGUUCAGAAAGGGACCCUCUGAUCCUUCUCUCAAGAGAAGCCCCUGACCUUGUGGAUGCCGAGUACACCAAGAACCAAGCCUGGAAGUCAGAGAAGGCCACUGAAUUGGUCCCCCGUCUGAGCCUGGUUUCUGGCAUCCCUUUUUUCUACUCCAUUUCUCUCAUCCAAUGGAGUUUGGGUGCCUUGCUGCUGUUGGCUUUGUCUUUCUUAGUUGGGGCCUGAAAGACACUUAACUUUCAGAAAUGUAUCGAUAUGACCACAGUGACUGACACCAUCAGAUGAGAACAAAACUUGAACUGAAUUAAACUGGAUAAUGACACUUUUGUCUUCUGUAGUGCUGGAAUUAAAUUUGUUUCCUAACUGAUGAACUUUACAUAGUUAUUGAACUGAAAUGAACUAACACUGAACUUACUGGAGCUAAGUAAUGACACGGUUUUCUUUUUUCUUUUAAUAAUGCUUUAUUGUCAACAAAUAGCAUGUAUAAUAUCACAUCCCAUUGUAUAAUAUGAAAACAUUUCACAUGUAACAUAGCAAAAAGGAACAAGGAAAAAUACUUUUAGAGCUGCUUUAUGGGAGAAUCUGAACUGUCUUAUUAAUUGAGUUUGCAUCAUUGAUUCUGCUAUUUCCAGUUUAUUACUGUGAAGCUGUAUUUCAACAGGG